AUGUCAAUUGAUACUAGUGAUUCAUUAAAAACAACAAAUAUAACAAUAAACAAAUCAGAUGAAUUAAUACAUCGAACGAAAGAAAUAAAACAAUCAUUGAUUAUUUGGCGUAAUAUUUUAUUACCAAUAAAUAAUUUACUUGAAUGGAAACAUAAAUAUGAUUCAUUGAUUAUUUUUGGAAUAAUAACUUUAAUUUUUUUUAUUAUUCUUCAAAUAAAUCCACCUAUACUUACUCUUAUCAGUUGUAUUAUUCUAACAAUAGUACUUAUUGAUAUAUUGGCACCAGUUGGUAUUCAGAUUAUAUUUAAAAAUGAGAAUUGGACAUCAAUUAAAGAAACUAAAUAUACAAGAUUAUGUGAACGUAUUGCACAUCUUGAACAACAUAUUAAACAUCAAUGUGAAUUAAUUUUAAAAAUGCGUAAAGAACGAUCAUUAAUGUAUUUAAUAAUUGGUAGUAUAUUUCUUUGUUUUAUUGCUUUUUGUUGUCAAAAGAUUGAUAAUCUUCUACUUAGUUAUUUAAUAACUCUUAUUAUUUGUCUAACACCUGGUAUACGUAAUCGACAAUUAAUAUCAUUAAUUCGUCAAUAUAUAAAUGAAUGUUGGAAUAAUAAAAAAAUAAUUUUAUCGUAUACAAAUCAAGAGAAAAGAAUUCAAUAA